GAUGUGGUGGUGGAACUUUAAGGUUGCAUGCUUCGAUUUGUAGGUUAUGUCUAUGUUUAUUUAAAAUUGGUUAUGUGAAAAAAUGAUUUAAACUAUUGCAUGUACAAUUUCUAAACCAUGAGUUUAGGGAGUAAGAUAUUCAUUCCUAAUCGUUGCUUAGGAUAUGUAAGCAACCACAUACCAUUGCAAGUGCGUUACAUAAAGAAUCGGAAAGAAAACUUGAUUGUUACAUGUGUUGGGAAGUCUUUUCAUACCUAUGGAGUAUCCCAUUUCGGAUUAUUAAGUGUAAGUGGGUUACAUCCUUCAGAUAUAACAUGUAUGUCGUCGGAUGCCUAUCAUAUCUACACUGCUUGCGGUACAACUAUUUACGCAUGGAGACGUGGAACAGAAUUAAAACACACUUAUAAUAAACACAGUUGUGCAGUACACAUUUUGUUACCAUUUGCCGCACAUUUAAUUUCAAUCGAUGUAGAAAAUAAACUUUACAUCUGGGAUAUUAAAGAAGAAACCAUUUUUCUCGAACUUCAGUUUUCUGUUGAUGACUUUCAAAUAACCACGAUACUCCAUCCAAGCACGUACAUAAAUAAAGUCUUAUUGGGAUCUGAACAAGGAAGCCUGCAGUUAUGGAACAUUAAUACUGCAAAAUUAAUUUAUUCAUUUAAAGGAUGGAAUUCACCCGUAACAUGCUUGGAGCAAGCACCCGCACUCGAUGUUGUAGCUGUCGGUUUACAGAAUGGUAAAAUAAUGUUGCACAACUUAAAGUAUGACGAGACAAUUAUGGAUUUCACUCAGGAUUGGGGCACGGUAACAUCAAUAUCCUUCAGGACAGAUAAUCAUCCUAUAAUGGCCACUGGCAGUGUAACUGGACAUAUAGUCUUUUGGAAUUUAGAGGAAAGACGAGUGGCUUCACAAUUAUUAAACGCUCAUGGAAAUGCUGUUGCGGGUAUGAUAUGUUUACCAAAUGAACCUUUGGUGGUAACCUCUUCGUGUGAUAAUACGUUAAAGUUGUGGAUUUUUGACAUGACAGAUGGGGGAGCACGGUUGCUACGUAUUCGUGAGGGUCAUUCUGCACCCCCGUCCUUUAUAAGAUUUCACGGAUCAAAUGGUCAUAAUAUUUUAAGCGCAGCAUCGGAUUCUACCUUACGAAUAUUCAACACACAAACAGAGCAGUUUAAUAAAAGUUUAGGGAAGGCUUCGUACAAUCGUAAAGCAAGUAAAAAGCGUGGACGUGGUAACUAUGAUCCUUUAAUAAUGCCUCCCAUUACACAAUUUACAUCGGAAGUAACAAGAGAAAAGGAAUGGGAUAAUAUUGCCGCAAUUCAUUCUGGUUUAUCAAUUAUAACCAGCUGGUCAUAUGAUAAAUUGAAAAUGGGGGAUUUAAAGCUGCAACCAGAACGAUUGCAUAAAAAAAAGAAUCUAUCCAAAUCUUCUGUAUCGGCUACUAGCAUAUGUUUGACACAUUGUGGGAAUUUUGUCCUUGUGGGCUACACUGAUGGUUUUAUUGAUAGGUUUAACAUUCAAUCAGGUUUGUGGCGUGAUAGUUAUGGCACUCCUAAUGCCCACGAGGGAUGUGUCCGAGGAAUUACCACUGAUAGUCUUAACCAGAUUACGAUAUCUGGUGGUAGCGAUGCCAAAAUACAAUUCUGGAAGUUUAAAAAUAAAGGAUCUAUGGCGGUGUCUGUCUUAUCACUUUCUGAACCAGUAUCUUUCUUUAGAACCCAUCAAGAAAGCUCAAUGCUAGCUGUUGCAUUAGAAGAUUUUACAGUACUCAUCGUCGACACUGAUACCAGAGCCAUCGUGCGACAAUUUGACGGGCAUACUGCACAAGUUACAGAUGCCACUUUCAGCAUCGAUUCCAGAUGGCUAAUUACAGCUGCAAUCGAUUGUACUGUGCGAGUGUGGGAUGUACCAUCGUCUCAACUGGUAGAUCAAUUUAAAACGGAAUCUGCUUGUACAUCUCUUAGUAUGUCGCCUACAGGAGAAGCAUUAGCAACUACUCAUGUCAAUUACUUGGGAAUAUUCUUAUGGUCUAAUCGUACACUAUAUUCAAAAGUAAGCUUAAAAGCCCUAUCACCUACAGAUGAACCGGCUCUUAUUUCGCUACCUGAAGUUUCAACAUUCACUGAAGUGCUUAAAGCUGAGGAAGUGGACAGUGAUGAAUUUAUUUCGCCUGAACAAAUAAGUUUAGAACUCGUCACCAUUUCGGGUCUGUCUUCGUCACGCUGGUUGAAUCUUUUGGAUAUAAACAUCAUCAAGAAAAAGAACAAACCAAUUGCACCACCUACCGCUCCUAAAGCGGCACCGUUUUUCCUUCCAACAGUGGCAUCUCUCGAAUUCAAAUUUGAUUUAACACAUCAGAACGACAAUGCAGCGAGUAAAUUUUUGGUACCUGAAAGUCUAUUAAGCUUAUCACCGUUUGGUAAGAUUUUGAAUACCACAGCAACGACAGAUGACUUCAACCCCGUUAUUGAGAAGCUAAAAACAAUGGGGCCUUCGCUGAUCGAGUUAGAAAUAAAAUCUUUGCAUCCACAGGAUGGUGGAUCGAUUACUGUUAUGCUCCAAUUUUUGAAACUAAUCGAGUUUAUGUUAAAAUCAAAUCAGAACUUUGAACUAGCUCAUGCAUAUUUAGGCGUUUUUUUGAAGGAACAUGCCAGAUUUAUAGCCUCUGAAGAGAUUCUGAGGGAGUAUUUAAAAAAUGUUAAAAUAUGUCUAAGUUCCACAUGGAAUCGGAUACAAAAGAAACUUUUUUAUAAUCUUUGUGUUGUAGAAAAUUUGAAAACGAUGUGAUGUAAUAAACGCAAUAUUGUUAAAUUUUA